AUGUCAACUUUCAUACCUCGUGCAGCUCCUCGAGCUUUCCGCUCAAUCCGCGCAGCUGGUCCACGCCUUUUGCGGCCUCAGAAGCCCUUUACCCCUCCAUCUCGCCGUUUCCUGGCUACCUCAACAGAGCAACCACGAUUGAGAUUAGGAUCAGUUGCGCCCAAUUUCAAGGCCAAGACGACACAUGGCGAUAUCGAUUUCCACGAAUUCUUGGGCAACAGCUGGGCCAUCCUGUUCUCCCACCCGGCUGACUUCACGCCUGUCUGCACGACGGAACUGGGCGCCUUUGCAAAGAUGAAGGAUCAAUUCGAGAGCAGAGGCGUCAAGAUGAUUGGCUUGUCUGCCAACGGUCUCGAUUCCCACGCGAGAUGGAUCGAAGACAUCAACGACAUCUCCCAGACGAACCUCCAAUUCCCCAUCAUCGCAGAUCCAAACCGAGAAGUUGCCUUCUUGUACGACAUGGUCGACGCGCAGGAUCUGCAGAACAUUGACGAGAAGGGCAUCGCGUUCACGAUCCGCUCGGUGUUCAUCAUUGACCCGAGCAAGAAGAUUAGGUUGAUGAUGAUGUACCCUGCCAGUACUGGACGGAAUACCAGCGAGGUGCUGAGGGUUAUCGAUUCGUUGCAGACGGCGGAUCAGAAGGGCGUUACGACGCCUAUUGAUUGGCAGGUGGGCGACGAUGUGAUCGUACCGCCGACGGUAUCGACGGCCGAUGCGAAGAAGAAGUUUGGGCAGGAUAACGUAAGAGAGGUAAGGCCAUACCUAAGAUACACCACUCUCUAG